AAAGUUUAGAAAUGGUUGGAAAAAGCAAAAAGAAGCGUAAUUCCAAGGAUUCUACAUCUAGUAAUGCAGGAAGCGGUGAAGGCGAAGAGAAGAAAAAGAAAGAGGGCGGCAAAAAGAAAGGUGGCGUGGGAAAGUCCAUUGGCUGUGAUAUUUUCAAUGAUGCAGCUAUGGAAAAUGCCUACUAUGUGUGCCAUAAUGUUCAGGAUGUUCUUAAGUCCAGAGGAUUUGCCUGGCCGGAUGGGCAAAAAAAGAAAAAGAAGGGAAAACGUUAAGAAAAAGUUUAAGCACGAUACACAAAUACAAAAAAUAUCUAUUUCUAGAAUCUAUAAGUAAACUAUUACCUAUAAAAUAAA